GCGAUGUAUUGAUUGAGCAUUGUUUAUGGUUGGCCUUCGACCCGGACUGAAUUGGACCUUUUCCCAUGGCUUACAAGGAAUGGUAAACCUCAGUCAAGCCCACGGGUAACCGUACGUUUCGGCAGGGUACAUUGAUUUUCAUACCAAUGCCGGAACAACUGAAGUUAUUUUUAGUGUACGCAUUUUUGCCUUUUGUUAGAUUGUUCAAUAGUGAUGCAAAGUGCGCGAACGUUUAAUGCGACUGGUUUAAACCCUAGCCAUUGUUAAACGUUGUGGCAAAAAACGCAAACAAUAAAUACUGGAGAUCCCGUUGGCGUUGGAAUUGGCACAAUGUAAUAGAUAAAGCGAACUGAACAAAAAAUCGUCUGUAAUGAAUGAAAUGUUUGCAAAAGUUUGUAAUCUAAACCAUCGUCGACGUAGAACAGGGCAUUUCUCCGGUAAACUCAAUUGUGAAUGCUUUACACCGGAAAAACCGGUUCCCGCUUCGCACCGAUGUGGCCACAACAAUCCUCGCUUUGCGCACUAUUUCGAUGUCAAACAUAAUGAGGGAUGUGAAAUCAGUGGAGCGAAAUGAUUAGUUUGGUCAGCUCCAUUGAAUACACUAGAUGCGGGCAACAGUCUGUAACCGUUUUCAUGACCCAUUUUGUCGAUCUGUUUAUAAGAAUUGUACUACAAGGGAAACUAUUGUUUUUUCUUUUCUUUUUAUCAGUAGAUGGAAAAACUACUAUCAUGAAAGAAUGAGUAACAAUAAUUUGUUCUUUUAAACUUCUUCUAAGCUAACAAACACAUUACUGGUUCAGUUUCUUAGAAGACUCGCCAGCGAUCGUGGUGUUAGCGGUGAUCUGUGUUUUAUAAUUUGCAGGGAAUGUUUAAAAUGCUGCUUGAAAGCAAAUUGAUAACUUCCGUCCUAUUAUCACGUCUAAUAUUUUUCUUAUUCUUUCGCGUUCUUUUUUUCCAGAUCACGUGGAAACGUGCCGCACCGGUUACCGAAUCAGUUUGAUUAUAACUCUUGUAUGGUCUUGGGUAUCCUACUCGAUGGGAGGUCAUUUGUGGCUGAUGACUGACCACAGCACAGAAUUCGCAGUAAACAAUUAUACAUCACGAUCAACGACGAAUCGUUCUAGUAGAUAAUGAACCGCGAAAACACGUUCAACGCCGAGAAACGGAGCAACCCUGUUCAGAAUGCAUCUUUCUUCUCGAAACGUAGCUUCUGGUGGCUACGGGAAAUGUUUCAGUACGGACAGCGGAAAGAAAUUACGGAGGACAAGCUGUACGCCACACUUCCAGAGCACUGUAGCCACGGAUUGGAGGAAACAUUCGAGCGACUAUGGUCGGAAGAGGAACAACGUGGACCAGCCAAAGCUAGUUUUGCUCGUGUUUACUGGAGAGCAUUUGGUAAGGAAACCCUGUUCUGGGGCUUAAUGUUCUCGGCAUUCGAGACAGCGAACCGGGUCGCUCAGCCCCUGUUGCUAGGAGAGUUGGUAUCCUACUUUACGCCAAACCAGGACACCAUCAGCGAACAAGACGCGUACCUUUACGCGAUAGGUGUUAUCGCAUGCUCGCUGUUAUCGGUCAUCUCGUUUCAUCCCUUCAUCUUCUACAUUUUUCAACUGGGAAUGAAGUUUCGCAUUGGUGCAUCGUGCUUAAUUUAUAACAAGGUACUUAAACUCUCUAAAUCGACCAUGGCGGGUGAUGGACUAAAUGGAAAAAUCAUCAAUCUGCUCUCGAACGACGUUGGAAAGUUCGAUAUAGCUUUGUGCUUUGUACAUGAUCUCUGGAAAGGUCCAAUGGAAGCCAUCCUGCUUGGCUAUUUCAUUUAUUGUCAAAUCGGCUUCUCAGGCUUACUUGGAAUGGCGUUCCUGAUGAGUUUUAUCCCACUUCAAGCAUGGGUAGGCAAGAAAACGGCAACGUAUCGUAUGAAGGCAGCUAAACGAACCGAUAUGCGUGUACGCUUUAUGAAUGAGAUCAUACAAGGCAUACAGGUGAUCAAAAUGUACACGUGGGAGAGCUCGUUCGCCAAGAUGAUCGAAACAAUCCGACGGAAAGAGAUACAAGCGAUUCGUGGUGGAGCGUACGUGCGAGCAACGCUCAUAUCGUUUUUUACCGUAUCGCGUGUGUCCAUUUUUAUCAGCCUACUGUCGUACACGGUCACCGAGAACGUUAUCACUGCCAAAAAGGUGUUCAUUGUAACGUCGUUUUACAGCAUACUGAACGAUUCGAUGGUACAUUUCUGGCCAAUGGCUAUUACCUUCUGUGCGGAAGGGUACAUCUCGCUCAAGCGCAUACGUGAUUUUCUUCUAACGCCCGAAGGAAAGCAUUCGAUCACUAUGAGCACGCAAUCGGAUGGAAAAGGUGGAACGAACAACACGAAAAAAAGUAUGCGUGCUACCAGCGAUAAAGAUGGAGGCACGAGAGACAUAGAGGGUAGCAAAGGCAUAAAAGAAAGCGCCCAGCAAAACGGUAUCAAAGCUGUAGUAAAAUGUGAUGAGAUUGAUUCUGAACCCUUACUACCAAAACGUCUGGUGCAAACGGCGGAAGGCGAUAGGAAAGGUAUCGUACUCGAUAGUGCCACAGCAAGUUGGAUGUGUCCUUCGGCUGCGUCAGGUGUCGCUGUAACCGCCAGUGGAGGCGGUGGAGGAGAUGGUCCUGAAGAGAGUUCAAAUGUUGGGAUAGAAUCCGUUAGCUUGACCGUUGAUCCGGGAAGAUUGUGUGUUUUGAUAGGUCCUGUUGGAUCCGGAAAAUCCACUUUAUUGCAGGUGAUUUUAGGAGAACUUGAACUGGACGACGGCAGAGUAGAAAUUCAUGGAACCGUUAGCUAUGCCCCACAGGAACCUUGGCUUUUCGGAGGAAGUGUGCGGAACAACAUUUUGUUCACAGAAGAGUACGACGAGCGACGUUAUCUGCGAGUGGUACGCGUCUGUGCUCUCGAGAAAGACUUUGAACUAUUCCCACACGGUGAUCAAACGAUUGUUGGAGAACGCGGAAUCAGUUUAAGCGGAGGACAAAAAGCACGUGUUAAUCUGGCCCGUGCCAUCUACCGAAGGGCAGACAUUUAUCUGCUGGAUGACCCAUUGUCGGCCGUCGAUACACAUGUGGGCAAACAUAUCUACGAACUAUGUAUCCGUGAUUUCCUCGCGAAUAGUGUAUGUAUUUUGGUAACACAUCAGUUGCAGUAUUUAAAAGACGUCCAGCAGAUAGUUCUGAUGAAUGCCGGGCGAGUGGAAGCUUGUGGAAGCUUUAGAGAACUGAAGAAAUCGAAUAUCGAAUCGAUCAUGGCACUGACGCCUGACGAAUCUCCUCUUGACAGUCCAAUAGAAAAGGAGCUGAAGAACCUACGUCCUAGACGGACUAGUGGUUCUUCAACCGGUUCGCAGCGUGACGACCUUAUGAUGGAUCUGUUACAGCAAGAAAAGCAAGAAGAAGAAAAAGAAUCUCAAGGUGGAAGCGGCAGCGUGGGGCUAUCCGUGUACAAAACCUACAUAACUGCGGUCAACAGUUGCGGCUGGGUGUUUUGGUUAAGCAUGUUAAUGAUACUAUCGCAAAUCGUUGUUAGUGGAGUGGACAUUUUUGUGGCAGAAUGGGUAAAUUGGGAAGAAAAAGUUGCAGGCAUUCCUCCUGAGUUUGAUUUGAAUGAUAAUCACACAAUCUUGAGCUCUCGUGAUGUGCGCAUUUUGCUCCAGGAGCAAACAAAUGUCAGUAACUUCAUUGAACGGCAGCAGUACAUUUGGAUCUACAGUGGAUUAAUAAUACUGCUGGUAAUCUUAGUUGUGCAACGAUCGUUUUCGUUCUUUUACGUCUGUCUUCGUAUAUCCGUAAAUCUACACGAUCGCCUCUUCCGUGGAUUAACCCGUGCAACUAUGCAUUUCUUCAAUACAAAUCCUUCCGGUCGAAUCCUUAAUCGAUUCUCGAAAGAUAUUGAUUCGAUCGACUCUUCGCUGCCAUUAGCCCUGCUGGACUGCGUUGUGUUUUUCCUGGAAAUGAUCGCGGUUGUAGCAGUGGUGUCGAUCGUCAACUAUUGGUUCCUUCUUCCAACUGCGAUUGUGGCUGUGAUGAUGUACUACAUUCGACAGAUUUAUCUAAACACAUCACGGGUGGUAAAGCGCAUAGAAUCUGUCAAUCGAUCGCCCCUCUUCUCACACACAAAUGCCACUCUGCAAGGACUCUCGACGAUUCGGGCUUUUGGUGCACAAUCAGUGUUAAGACGUGAAUUUAACGAAAUUCUGGAUGUUAAUUCGUCCGCUUGGUACAUGUUUAUCUCUACUAGCCGUGCUUUUGCGUUGUGGCUCGAUCUGGUGUGCGUUAUAUAUAUCGGUAUCGUAACGAUAAGCUUUCUCAUCGGUAAUAGCCAACAAAUGCUCGGAGGCAGCGUUGGGUUGGCCAUCACAAAGACGAUUAGCUUGGUCGGUAUGUGCCAGUGGGGAAUGCGGCAAUCGGCAGAAUUGGAAAAUCGCAUGGUUUCGGUGGAGCGAGUGAAUGAGUAUACAAAUCUACCGUCCGAACCACCGCUCGAGACAGCACCAAAACACCGACCGCAACGUAACUGGCCCGAGUUCGGCGCAAUACGCUUUACCAACGUCGAUCUACGCUACAACGAAGAAGGAGAACGUGUGCUGAAGGAUCUUAACUUUACGAUCCGUUCGAACGAAAAGGUUGGAAUUGUGGGACGAACUGGGGCAGGUAAAUCCUCCCUCAUACAGGCACUGUUCCGUUUGGCACCAUUCGAAGGAAACAUCGAGAUCGACGAUAUCGAUACGAAAACACUGGGAUUGCGAGACUUGCGCAACAAAAUAUCGAUCAUACCGCAGGAUCCAAUUUUGUUUUCCGGAACGUUGCGCAGCAAUUUGGAUCCUUUCGAUCAACGCAAAGAUGACGAACUGUGGAAUGCACUUGAUCAGGUUGAGCUGAAGGAAGCUGUAUCUUCGCUGGCAGGCGGUUUAGAGUGUCGCAUGUCGGAUGGUGGAAGCAAUUUUAGCAUGGGCCAAAGGCAACUGGUUUGUCUUGCAAGAGCCAUUUUGCGUAACAAUAAAAUUCUGGUGCUAGACGAAGCCACUGCCAACGUUGAUCCAGAGACGGAUAAACUUAUACAAUCAACUAUUCGUACUAAGUUCGCCCAUUGCACAGUAUUAACUAUUGCGCAUCGAUUACACACGGUUAUGGAUAGCGAUCGUGUACUGGUGAUGGACGCGGGACGCGUAGUCGAAUUCGGACAUCCGCACGAGCUUCUACAUGGCCCGAUUGGUUAUCUUCGACGGCUGGUGGAUCAAACCGGGGUAGCUACUGCGGCAAUGUUGAUGCGCACUGCCGAAGAUAACUUUAAAAAAUCUAGCGCAAGACAAACAGAAGCAAUUACCCUGGGAUUGUCAUGUGCAAAUAGGAACCAAACACGGCGAAGAAAAAAAAAAUCUCCAAAUGGAGGACGUGAGAAUUUAAAAUCUUUCCUCAAAACAUUUUCUUUGGUGUCCCAUCUUCACACCAAAAUGAAUCCGGCCGAGUAUGAUCAGGACACAAAAAUACACGAUCUUCGUCGGGAGGCUAACCCGGUCACGAAAGCGGGCGCAGUGUCGUGGUACACUUUCUGGUGGUUGAAAAAUCUGUUUCAGGCAGGUCUGAAGCGUCCCAUCGAUGAGACCGAUAUCUACGAAACGCUUUCAAACCACCAGAGCGCACAGCUGUCCUAUCAAUUCGAGAGCUACUGGAAAGCGGAACUGAAAGGCAGCAAUCGGCCCAGUUUUUUGCGGGUCAUUUGCCGUAUAUAUUGGCGAUCGAUACUCUGCUAUGGAUCGAUGUACACUAUCGUGGACCUACUUGCUAGAAUCCUGCAACCGCAGUGUCUUGGAGGAUUGGUGUCCUAUUUUGCCCCUGGGCAGCAGGACAUUAGCAAGGACGAAGCGUAUUACUAUGCUACCGGGAUCAUUCUCUGCUCGCUGGUACCGGUCGCCAUCUUCCAUCACUUUAUCCUGUACAUAUUUCAAAUCGGAAUGAAGAUUCGUGUCGCAUGCUGUUCGCUGCUCUACAAAAAGGCUCUGCGUAUAACGAAAGCAGCAGGAACGGACGGUAUGACGGGCCAGGUGAUCAAUUUGAUGUCAAACGAUGUAGCCAAAUUCGAUACAGCGACCGGCUUCGUACAUGACAUCUGGAAAGGAUUAAUAGAGUUGCUGGUGCUGGGAUACUUCAUCUACAGACAGAUUGGCAUAUCAGGGCUGUUUGGCAUUGCAUUUUUGCUCAGUUUUAUUCCUUUACAAGCGUGGCUUGGCAAGAAGGCGGCACUUUAUCGGCUGAAAACGGCCAAUCGAACCGACCGGAGGAUACAGUUUAUGAACGAAAUCAUACAGGGCAUUCAAGUGAUAAAGAUGUACGCCUGGGAGGAUAGCUUUAGCCGCAUGGUGGACCGUAUCCGGCGGAAAGAGGUGAACGGGAUACGGGGAACACUAUUUAUACGCGCCGGUCUGCUAUCUUUCAAUCUCGUUUCACGUGUGGCCAUCUUUCUAAGCUUAGUCGCGUACGUCCUGUACGGAAACGUGUUCACCGCAAAGCGGGUGUUCAUCGUGACUUCCUACUUUAACUGGCUGUACAGCUCGAUGCUACACUUUUGGCCGCUGGCACUGACAUCCGUUCACGAGGGACUGGUGUCGAUAAGACGAAUACAGGACUUUCUGUUGCUGGACGAGCGAAAGUUUAGACCGGAUCGGCCCAAACAGACGGUGCAGGAGACUGCGGUAGAUGAGAGUGCUUGCGAGCUACUGCCACCCGUCCGUAAUGGGAAUGGGGUGGACAGUGUAGCAAACGCAGGUCCGGAAGGAAACGCCCGUAGCAAUAGCAAAAAUGUGCCUCGCAGCAGGCGCUUCAUUAACAGAAAAGCUGUAACGCGGCAAGGAAUUUUUAUGCGCAACGCAACGGCUCUCUGGGAAAAGGAUCUGCCAGCUUCCGACGGUGAAGAUAAUGUACGAGCUAGUGGAAUAAAAAACGUAACACUGACUGUAGACAAGAAAAAGCCGUGUGUAAUCGUUGGUUCGGUGGGAAGUGGUAAAUCGACCAUGCUCCAGGUUAUCCUCGGCGAGCUUGAGCUGGACGAGGGCCGAUUGGAAAUCAACGGGAAUCUUAGCUAUGCACCACAGGAACCCUGGCUGUUUGAGGGAACGGUUAAAAACAACAUCGUCUUCACCGAGGACUACCAGGAGAAACGCUACCGGGAGGUGGUAUCGGUUUGUGCUUUGGAUCGAGAUUUUCAGCUUCUGCCCAAUGGAGAUCAAACGAUCGUGGGUGAGCGCGGUAUUAGUUUGAGCGGUGGGCAACGUGCUCGGAUCAGCCUGGCAAGAGCCAUUUACCGUCGGGCAGACAUUUACCUUCUAGACGACCCAUUAUCCGCGGUGGAUGCUCACGUGGGCAAACACAUCUUCGAGGAGUGUAUCGUGAAGUACUUAAAGGAAAAAGUUUGCGUGCUAGUAACGCACCAGCUCCAAUACUUAAAGGACAUGGAGCAUGUCGUGCUAAUGAAUAUGGGAAACGUCGAACAGCAGGGAUCAUUCCGCACGCUGGCAGAAUCGGGGCACUUUACUACCAUGCUGAGCGAACCACAUCACGGAGACGAUGGACGGGGACGGAAACAAAGCAACGCAUCACCGUCUGAUGACCCGUCUACAUUGCCCUCGACAGAGCAACUUUGCAGCACCCUAGACAAGCAUACCGGACAGCAGCAACGGAAAGUCGAUAGUGCCGUGAACAAUGGGAUUGAAUAUGAUACCACCACCAUCAGCAUUGAUAUCGGCAGUAAGCCCGAGACGCAUAGAAUGACGGAAAGAAGAUUCUCCAUUCAUCCAACACCGGCACAACACCAGCCAGCGCAUCAACAGCACCAGUCCAUUUACCAACCGUCGCCAUUUUCUUCGAGCAGCAUGGUUUUUGAUGGGUACGAUGACCGCGAAGAACGUCGUGGAGCGAAGAAAAGAUCAAACCCAUCUGAAGAUGGUACGGUGAAAGACGAUCCAAAUCACCUCCAUAAAGAAUCACAACUAACCGGCCGUAUCGGGUGGCGAGUGUACAAGAGCUUUUUUGUUGCGGUGGAAAGCAACCUUCUGCUGGUGUUGGAUGUUGUCCUGUUUCUCUUGGCGCAGGCUAGCAUGAGUGGUAUCGAUUACUACAUCUCCCAGUGGGUAAACUGGGAAGAGUACUCAAGCGCUCUCGAACGGUUGAAAAGCAAUCGAACGGAGAUGGGUGCGGACCAUAAUAUUACCGACGACCAUGACGUUAUUCUUCCAAUCCCAUCAAAACUGGAAGGAAGCAUCUUUACUCGAUUGUCCCGCCACCAGUAUAUACUGAUGUAUGCGAUAGCGAUGCUGUUUAUGUUCGUGCUGUCCUUGAGCCGAUCUUUUCUAUUCUUUUACAUUUGUCUGCGUGCCACAAUACGCUUGCAUGAUCGUCUUUUCCGCGGCAUUACUCGUGCGACGAUGUACUUCUUCAACACAAACCCAUCCGGGCGCAUACUGAACCGAUUUUCACGCGAUAUUGGUUGCAUCGAUACCUUUCUUCCGUUUGCGAUGAUGGACUGCAUUCUGUUCUUUGUAGAGUUUUCCGCGAUCAUCGUGCUGGUAGCGGUGGUGAACUACUGGCUUUUGUUUCCAACACUGGUCAUGGCCAUCAUUUUUUACUUCCUACGUCACAUAUACACCAACACUGCCCGUAGCAUCAAGAGAGUAGAAGCAUCGACGAGGAGCCGUAUAUUCUCUCAUGCGAAUGCGUCUUUCCAAGGUCUUAGUACCAUCCGUGCAUUUGGGGUGGAGAAAAUUCUGGCAGACGAAUUCGAUAAACAUCAAGAUCUGAACACCUCGGCAUGGUAUCUUUUUCUGGCGACAACACGCGCAUUCGCCCAAUGGUUGGAGCUGGUGUGCGUUCUGUACAUCGCCGUGGUAACUUUAAGUUUUUUGAUGGUGGAAAAUUCAAUGAGUGGCAAUGUGGGGCUGGCUAUUACACAAGUGUUCAACCUGAUCUUCAUGUGCCAAUGGGGUAUGCGACAAACGGCGGAAUUAGAAAAUCAAAUGACAUCCGUCGAGCGUGUCGUAGAGUAUGCUGAGGUCGAACCGGAAGCAUCGCUCGUGUCAAUCGGAAAACACAAACCUCCUGUCGACUGGCCGGCAAAGGGAUCGAUACGGUUCGAGCACUUUUCGUUGCGUUACUCGUCACAAUCGAACACGGUUCUGCGAGACCUCAAUAUGUCGAUGGGCGCAGGCGAAAAGAUAGGAAUCGUCGGUCGAACAGGUGCAGGCAAAUCGUCCAUCAUUCAAGCACUGUUCCGGUUGGCCGUUAAUGAAGGAAUCAUACGCAUUGAUAACGUUGACAUUGGUACGGUGGGAUUGCACGAUCUGCGUAAACGGAUCUCUAUUAUUCCACAAGAUCCGAUUCUGUUUUCCGGUACGGUGCGAGAAAAUUUGGAUCCUUUCAAGCAACAUGGUGACGAUACGCUUUGGAAUGCGCUAGAAUAUGUAGAGCUGAAGGAGGUAGUUAAGGCGAUGGAGGGUACGUUGGAUGGUAAAAUGUCCGAUGGUGGUGCAAACUUUAGCAUGGGUCAGCGUCAGCUUGUGUGCUUGGCGCGUGCUAUUCUCCGCAACAAUCCUAUACUCAUUCUGGAUGAAGCUACUGCCAACGUCGACCCAGAAACCGAUAAUUUGAUUCAAAAAACCAUCCGAGAUCAAUUCGAACGGUGCACUGUUAUAACAAUAGCCCAUCGUUUGCAUACCGUAAUGGAUAGCGAUCGAGUGCUAGUAAUGGAUGCGGGCAGAGCGGUCGAAUACGCGCAUCCUUACGAGCUUCUGCAACGUUCCGAUGGUGUCCUGAAGCGGUUAGUUAACGAAAUGGAAGAAUCUACCGCGCAACAAUUAACCACUAUAGCUUAUCAAGCGUACACCAAACGAUUGACGCAAGCAGAUUGAUUCCGCACCAGACGGUUCUACUACAUCGGGAAUGUAAUGUAACAGAUGCAAAGAAUGAAUUAUUCGGAUAACAUUCAAUGCAAUCCAGCCGCAGACGGUCGAUUAACCAAUGUACCUCAACUAGCAUGUGCUAAGCGAAUGUAACCGGCAAGCUUAUCAUACAAUAAACGAAUAUCAAGGCUUUGUCAA